UUUAGGCAAAAGCGGAUAAUUAAGUCCAGAGAAAAAUCUCAAACUAUUAUUUACCUCCUGAGUGGCUGCAACUAUCUGGAUGGACUCAUUGACAUAUGUGCUCUAUUUAGUAAGCAUGGCUGCAGGCCUCUGUAUUGCUGACCUCCUGAAGAAGUAAUUAGUAGAAACUUAGGCCUGGUCGACACUAUAAAGUUAGGCUGAUGUAAGUCUCCUUUCAAUAAAGCUAUUUAUGCACAUGUUUAUGCUCAACUUUGUCUCUGGCUGAGAUAAGCGUCCCAUUAUGGCGAUGCAGUAAAACCACCUCCCUAAAUUGUGUAAAGCCAUGCUCAAUCGACUCUGUCUGACACGGUGCAAGUAUAGACACUGCAUGACCUAUGUUGACUCUGACAGUCCUCCAGCCCACUGUCCAGCAACAUCCCAGUCCCCAUGAGAGUGACUUUGCUGCUUUGUUCACAAUUUUAAACUCCUCUGCCCGGGGGUUCACAGAGACUGGAACAAUCUCCUCUUCCCCUUUUAAAAACUCUGCGUGUUUUUGAAGCGCCCUUUCCUGGCUGCCCACCUUGGUAAGCACACCUAGUAGCUCACCUUUGAUGGUGUUCAACCAAUCGAGGUGCCAUACGUACAUACAUGGAGCAGGCAAGAAGUGUUGGAUUUCCUGCUCCUAUGGGGAGAAGAGUCUGUGCAAGCACAGCUGCAGAACAACCAUAGAAACAUGACGUCUAUGAGCAGAUUGCACGGGGGAUGCUGGCAACUAUGUGAAAGAGAAGGAACUUCACCAGGGAUACCACAAGGCAAGGGAGGGCAACAAGAAAUCUGAUGCUGCCCAGCAGACCUGCUGUUUUUACAACUGACUGUACGUCAUACUUGGCGGUGACCCCACCAGCACUCCACAGUGGAUACCUCAGAGGAGCCUGGCAUGGAGACCCGAGCCAUGAACAGCGAAGAGGAGGAGGGUGGUGGAGACACAACAGAGGACUCCAACCAUGCAGCAAACUAAACCCAUUUAAAAUUCCACAAGAGUCUAGUCUGUCCUGCUGAUGAAGGGGAAGGGAGUUCAGUGUCCUGGGAGCCAGAUGGCUGCCGCACUACAUACCAGAGGUGGCGGCAUCUCACAAUGCUUCGUUUGUGAUCCUUCAGGAUAAAAGUGCUGUGUGCCAGUUGGCUAACUCCAUCCACCUUGCAGGUGGCAACAUCCGGUGGCAACAGAGGCUGAUGCUGUAACCAUUUACUAUCAGGAUCUCACUAUUCAAAUGGAACCAACAAUGAAGUGUUUAUCCCAGUGGGACUACUCAACAUCACACCUGGUAUUGCCCCCAAUGGGGGGAGGAAAAACUGCUGCAUCUACAGCGUGGAAAAGCAUGUUGGGGACAAGCCAAGAAACCAAAAGACAGGAUGGCAACGGGGAGCCGAGCUGCCUUGGGGGACAGCGCUGCUGUCCUAGCUGGACUCUGCCCUCCAGUUCGCUGCUGGCUGCUUUCCUGUCAGUGGUGGCUGUAGCCUCCUGUGUGUAUCUGGGGGUGAAGACCAGUGAUCUACACGCGAGGGUCUCUGCCAUCGAGAGCGCCCAAGGGGACUUCUCUGCUGCUGCUGCUGCUUCUUACCAGCUGCUGCCCGGCUUCUCCCUGGAUCAGUUAAAUUCAAUGAUGCAAGAAAAAGUGGAGCGACUUCUAGCUCAGAAAUCCUACGAGCAUUUGGCAAAAAUAAGAAUAGCAAGAGAAGCGCCUCCAGAGUGCAACUGCCCAGCAGGCCCUCCAGGGAAACGAGGUAAGAGGGGCAGAAGAGGAGAGACCGGACCUCCUGGUCCUCCUGGUCCAAAAGGCGAGAAGGGAGAUCAAGGUGAUCAGGGCCCUCGGAUGGUGUUUCCUAAAAUCAAUCAUGGGUUUCUCUCUGCUGAUCAGCAGCUCAUUAAACGCCGCCUCAUUAAGGGUGAUCAAGGACAAGCUGGACCCCCUGGUCCUCCAGGGCCACCAGGACCCAGAGGUCCUCCAGGAGACACUGGCAAAGAUGGCCCCCGAGGGAUGCCUGGAGUACCGGGAGAGCCAGGAAAACCAGGUGAACAAGGGUGGAUGGGGCCUCAGGGACCUCCAGGACAAAAGGGUUCUGUUGGAGUGCCUGGUGUUCCAGGAAUAGAUGGACAUAUGGGUGAACCAGGUUUGCCUGGUACAGUAGGAGAACGCGGCGCACCAGGGCUUAAGGGUGACCCUGGAGAACGAGGAGAAAAGGGUGAUGCUGGAGAAAAUGGAUCCAAAGGUGACAUGGGUGAAAAGGGUGAUCCUGGAUCUUCUGCUGCAGGAAUUAAGGGAGAACCUGGAGAAUCUGGUCGGCCAGGACAAAAGGGUGAACCAGGUCUUCCUGGGCUUCCUGGACUCCCUGGGAUAAAGGGUGAACCAGGUUUCAUUGGUCCACAGGGAGAACCUGGAUUACCAGGGUUACCAGGAACAAAGGGUGAAAGAGGAGAAGUAGGGCCUCCUGGAAAGGGUGAGCGAGGUGAACCUGGAGUUCCUGGGCCAAAGGGAAAAUCAGGCGAAUCUGGAAAUAGAGGCCCAAAGGGGUCAAAGGGUGAUCCUGGAGACAAAGGUGAUUCAGGAGCAAUAGGUCCUAGGGGCCCGCCUGGACAAAAGGGAGACCAAGGUGCAACAGAGAUAAUUGACUACAAUGGCAAUAUCCAUGAAGCUCUGCAGAGGAUUACCACCCUAACUGUCACGGGUCCGCCAGGGCCACCCGGACCUCAAGGAGCACAAGGCCCAAAGGGUGAACCAGGAUCCCAAGGAACUCCAGGAGCUGAAGGGGAACAGGGUCCUAAAGGCUCAAAGGGGGACGUGGGUGAGUCUGGCAUACCAGGAGAAAAGGGAGGAAUUGGACUCCCAGGUUUACCAGGAGCCAAUGGUAUGAAAGGAGAAAAAGGAGAUGUUGGUUUGCCUGGUCCUCAAGGUCCUUCUAUCAUAGGACCCCCAGGACCACCAGGGCCGCAUGGGUCACCAGGCCCUAUGGGACCCCAUGGACUGCCUGGCCCAAAGGGAGCAUCUGGCUUAGACGGAAAGCCAGGACCCCGGGGUAUGGAUGGCCCAGUCGGUCCACAUGGCCCAGCAGGUCCUAAAGGAGAUAGAGGUGAAAAGGGAGCUGUUGGUGACCCUGGACCCAGAGGACCAUAUGGUUUGCCUGGCAAAGAUGGCGAGCCUGGCCUUGAUGGUUUCCCUGGUCCUCGAGGAGAAAAGGGUGAUCUAGGCGAAAAGGGAGAAAAGGGAUUCCGUGGAAUUAAGGGGGAAAAAGGGGAGCCAGGCCAGCCAGGCCUGGAUGGGCUGGAUGCCCCUUGCCAAUUGGUACAGUAUUUCUCUUUCCUACCAACCCUGCAUGCGAUUCCUUUGUAUAUAGUCAGUCAUUCUCAGUGUAAAGUGGUGUUUUUCUGAGCGGACUUUACGUUAUCCACCUAA